UUUUUACAUCCUAUUUGUUACAGAAAGAAUUAUCCGUUUACAAUUUUAAUUUCAAAUGCAUUUAUUUCUAUUUAGGGCAUGUGCGGUUAUACUAGUCUUACUAAUCAUAAUCAUAAGUAGAUUUGAAAAAACUGGCGAAAUAAGCGCUUUCGAAACUGAUUUGUUUAAAAUUUCCAUAACGAUAGAGCUCUUUGAUACUCUUCACCACUUAUACAUUUUAAUGUGGUUCUACUUGUCGAGCAAAAGAAACAUAUCAAGCUCUCAGUCAAAUUUAUACUAAAUUCCUAACUUGAAGACCAACAGACGUCUUGUUUCCUCUAAAAAAAAAAGAAAGGGAGGGGGAGGGGUCCCGUCGUGUCAUUUACUCUGCAAACAGAAUUCCUCCUGAGGAGAUAACAGAUGGGGUGGGUUAUAACGUUGUCAUAAUAAAUGAUGAGUAUCGUAACGAACAUUUUAAUGAACAACUGCGUGGUCUGAUAACUUAUUGGAAGAAAAAAAAUGUACCACUCUUCGCUCUACCCUCACUCUCCUCCCCUUCCUCCCUCCUUUCAGGUUGUGACUACUAAAAAUGAAACAGUAACAGGGAUAGCACGAUUCCUUUUCAUGACCUAUACAGUAAACAGCUUCUUUCACCCUGACGAGCCUUAACAAAAUCUAACCAGAAACUAAAGUCAAAGUACAUGUAUUAAUAAUAGCUAUCUACAGCUUUGGUAGUUCGGUACCUGAAGGCAGUGCUCUCUGAGUUAAAUCUUCCCUGCAGUUGCAGACACAUGUAUAUCACAGGUAGUUAGGCUGGAAUUCUGGACAUAAAUCUAAGUACACUGAUACAGCCAACUCUAGAAAUAGCCACGCCAGGAAACCAACCAGCCCUCAGAUUUUCUCGAGCUGUAACAGAUAACGUUCAGUAAGAAAGCUUUUGUGUUGGGGAAGGUCUUACGGUGCCUACCUAGCGCCCUUCUUGGAUUACACUCGUGCCAAGGUUUCUGGUGUGAAUGUUACCUAUUUAUGUAUUGUAGUACCUCCGCCUGGUUGUGAUUUCAUUCUCUGGAUAGGUUGCUGUUCCUUCAUCUCAGUACAGAUUCGCUACGUUUGAUCUGUCUUCACAGCUGCUUGAGAAGCUCCCUGUGUUGUACAGGAUUCGUCCCUGUCUGAGGCACGUCCCAGCUGUUACGAGGAGAGGGGUCUUAUCAUUGACUACCUGAGUCUUCUUUUAUUUACUGAUCAGAAUCUUGCAUUCAUCUGUGAGGCUAAGCGUCUUUGUUGCUCCGCACCAAAGGAUUGCUGUAUUAUGAUAGAGUCGACAAACCUUCGAUCAUUUUUCGUUUCGUCGUUUUGAUUUUGCCAAAGUGUUAUAGUGUUGACGUUCCAUUUGUGUCUUAGAGCUUGCAAUUCUUGUGUUUCUAGAUUGUUACUUCUCGUGCUUCCUGGAUUAUUAAACUCGUGACCUCUUUGGAUUAAAUACCAUUUCCUGUCGUUGCUUGUGUUGUUGUGUGAUUUCAUCCUUGUUUUUUAAACACCAACAUAGUUAUACCGUGUAUAGCAAAUUUACUUCAGUUGCAUUGUUUUUUUCACCCCUCAAAGGAUAUAUCAACGUCAUUGUUCAGUAUUGGAUAUCAAUAUGUCUGCACCUCGCAAACCGUCUGAUGCAAAAGCAUCGCAGAGUCGAUCAACUAUCGAUUCCCCACGCCACCUGCAGCGAUCAUCUCGGAUCCAGCAUUCAUCCGAAUCUGAUCCGGAUACGUCCCCUCGUCAUCGAAUCAAGGAAUCGGUUCGCUCCGAGGAAACCACCAUAGCCUCUUCCUCCUCCAUGCAAGUUCGCUCUCAAGAAAGUUCUUCUGAGCGAGUUCGGAUCCAAAGCCGUUCUUCCCGAGAAGAUUCGUCGGUUCAGAGCCGAACCUCUACUUCCGUGAAGGUAUCCGAGACUCGCUCCCAGUUCCAACGAGUAACCGGAACUGACAAGCACUCCGAAGAGCUUCGCGUCAGCUUCUCUCUGCCGGAUGAGGUAUCUAUGGAUGCGGACAACAGCCGCGAUUCCUCUGCUGCCGUAUCUUCGGAACCCCGAGCUGUGAGGCAGGCUCGCGUCACGUCCAUGGAUAUCGCUGAGGACGACGACGAGUCCAAAGAAAGCUUCCAAGCUUCCGUGGCUUCUUUGGGCCAGACCGGGAAACUCCGGAAAAAGCUGUCUAGUUUCUCCAGCAGUUUUGGAUCAGCGGUUUCCUCCUCUUCUUCUCAAGACCACCAAAGCACCGAAGGAGUAAAUAAAUCGUCGUCUGCUGGUGGCGGGAGUUCUGAACCCCAAAUGAAGAGGUCGUCGCCUUGGGGGUUUUCCUCGAGAGAAUCGAGGUUGAGUCAGGGCUCGGAGCAUAGCUUUGAUGAAAGGGAGCGUACGUCUCCCUCCCCCAGCCCUGGGCGCUCUCCCAACCAGAACCAGGCUUCGUUUGGCUUGUACCAGCGGCGUCGUACGAGGAGGAGGAUCCUCAGGCUGCAGUCUCUGGAGGAAGUGGCCAUGGGCAAAGUCUUCCACGGUAGCGAGGAGACGGAGGCUGAGCAGUUCAUGGAUGUAUCAGAAGGGGGGACAAUCCCGGAGGAUACGCAGGAGGACGCGUUUGUGGAGGUGAGUUACUCUUACUUGUAUUUAUGUCUGUUUGUAGUUUUUGAAAGGGACUUUGAGUUUGCAUUUUUGUCGUUAAUAUUACACAUGGAGCUGAGCAGCUUUUAUUCUUUUUGGGGGUUUUUUUGUUACCCUUUUGGGUAUUCAAGAGACACAAGGAGCUAUAAUUAUUGUUCUUUUGGGGUUCCUAUGCUGUUUGUCGGUGCGUUUAUUUUUUGUGCUAGUUUGUUUGUUUUUGUUGGCAUUGUUUUUUGUUUGCAGAGUUGUGUUUCCUCUUAAUGAAAGGGAUUGUUCGUUUGUAUGGUUCCUUUUCUACAUUAGUAGUACGGAGUUCUAAUUUUUUAAAGUUUGUAUUCGAAAAGGACUCAACUAAUAAUUGAUGUUUGUUAUGUUCUUUGCUUGGAAAACGUUAUAUUUGAAGAGGACACGGUACCAUGCAAAUGAAAAUGCGCCCAUCGACAUAUUAUGUACAAAGUUAGAUUAAUAAUAAAACGACAAAAAGAAAAUUCGUACCUUUUCAAAUGUUUAUAAAUCAGUAUUUGACAACUGAUAAAACACAGUUCGAUAGAUUGUGUAGAGUUAACAGAUACCUCAUGGUUCCUUUUGGGUUUAUGAAGUUUGGCACUUGACAGCAUGCAACAUAUCGUAACUAUGUGAGCUGCGGUGAGAUUUUUUGUUUAUUUCAUGUUUUAAAAAAUUAAUCUUAUUCACACGUUGAGCCAGUAAUAUGCAUUUUAGAAACAACCUCUCCAGGUUUUCGAAACUUUUAAACCACAGAAUUGAUUUUAUCUUUUAUAUUAUUCGCGAACGAGAUAACUGUCGCUUUAUUUUGGCACGAACAAACAUACUCUCUCUCUCUCUCUCUCUCUCUCUCUCUCUCUCUCUCUCUCUAUCUCUC